AUGAAUGAUAACAUUGAACUAGAAGAUUUUAGCAGAGAUGUUGUAAUACCAAAGGUGACUCCACAAAAUUUUGAAGAAGUUAAGGAUAUUAAACAAAGAAAAAAAAAAAGGGACGCUAUUUUUAUAAUUGAAAACUUGUUUAUAUUAAUACGCUGCUUCUUUGGACUAUAUGGUUCUUUUGUAAUGUUUGAUGUAUAUAGAGACUCAAAAAAAUCUCCAAAGUUGGAACAAGUAACACAAAUAUCAUUGCAAUCUACAAUAAUCAUUUGGUUCUCUAUUGUUAUUACUUGUUUAGGUUUAAUUAUACAUUCUAUUAUGGGCAUCAUAAAUCAUGUAUUUAAUGAAAUCAUUGACAAAAAUAAUAUUAAAAAUGUAGCUCUAACUUUUGAUAUACUGUCUAUAUGGUUUCCAUUGUUAAUUUCAUGUCCUUUAUUAGCUUUUACAAUUUGCAGAGUAGUAGUAGGGUGUAUUAUCCCAAUCAAAUAUAAUGUAUUUGAAAUUAAUACAAACAAAUUAUUGUUUAAUUCAGUGUUAUCUACCUCUCUCCUUGGUACAUUUGUAAUUAUUACUUUCAUUAUUCAGUUCCCUGUAGUAUAUGGACAUCUAUCUCUAGGAACUGGGGUUUCAAAAAAGUUAGCAAUAUUUUAUUACUGUUUAGCAUUUAUUGGAUGUAUUACAAUAGCAUGUGCAUCCUCAUUAUAUACAUUUUAUAAUGACAGUGUCAUUGAUACAAUGUUGAAUAAUGACUUGAAGUCACAAGUUAUACUAUACUAUCAGACAACAGUUGGAGUUUCAAUCUCCUCAGGAAUUACUGCUCUAUUAAUUGGGUUAUUAGGAUUUAUAAGUGCAGUAAUAUGUAGUAAAAUCCUAAUAUUUGUUACAUCAAUUAUAACAUUCUAUUCACUUUUCAUUUUUAUUUGGUCUUGCUCUUUAGCUUGGUUUGGAAAUAAGUUGAUUAAUCUAUUCUGCACAGUCGAAAAUAUAAUACCUAAUAUUAGGACCGAAUUCUAUAAAGACUUUAUUAUUUUUAAUAAUUCCUGCAAUACUAAAAUUAAUUUUUAUAUUGUUGCUGCAGCAAUUAUAAUCCAGUUAGUUUUAGCUAUAGUAUGUGUGAUAUAUGGUAUUGUCAUACUUACAAAUAAAAUAUUUUGGAAUAAAAAAUAA